AUGGCUGGAAGGGGCAGGGGAAGAGGAGCAUCUUUCACGUUUGACCUUCAAGCAAUCGGUUUCUCAAAAGGAGAAUCUUUGCCCGAAACUCAGCUACAACCUUUACCCAUAUUUCCGUCUGUAGAGUUUAAACCUGCACCGCUAAGAGAAGGAGAUGAUAUAGAUUAUGUACUGGAAUUAAAACAAGAUUUGCGUGCAACCAUGAAAAAAAUGCCUUAUUUCAUUGACGACAAAUCUGCUAAACCAAGAGUUGAAAAAUACCGAACAAAAUAUGAAAUUGAAGCUGCAGCUAAAUUGGUUAUGGAAUGGACACCGGAUUGGCGAUUACUUCCAAGGGAAAUGAAGGCUGUGAAGAAGACUGUGAAAAAACGAGUAAAAAAAAGUAAAGUGACCAAACCCAGCAGCAGCAGUGAUGAUGUCCUGAAAAAAAUAGAAGAGUUGGAGAAAAAGGGUGAUGAAAAAUCAGAUGAGGAAAAUGAGGAGAAAAAGAAAGAGGGGGAAGAAGAUGAGGAAGAGGUUGAGCAAGAAAUAGAAGAUGAAGAGGAGCACGAGGAGGAGAAUGAUUAUAUUGCCUCCUAUUUCGAAGACGGAGAUGACUUUGCUGCUAGUGAUGACAAUAUGGAUGAAGCCACCUAUUAAAUUUAUAUUCCAGUUUUGUUUGCAGUAACAUUUCUUUAGACGUGUCAAUGUAUAAUUUCAGAUACAGACUUGAUUACUUUGUGUGCAAUC